AUGUGCAUGAAGAGAUUCAGUUUGGUGACCUUUCUAUGGCUGCUGGCAACAGUAACUGCCAGCCAAUACUGCGUGGACGAGGAAGUCGCAUACCUUAGAGAACAAGAAAACAAUGCUCCCUCUCCAGCUCCUUCUAUUUCACGGGAGUGUACUACCCAAACCUCCAAUGCUCGUGGCAAAUACACGUCUACGGUGUCUCCGUGCACUUUUGAAUUUCAUAAGGCGCAAGAGCACCAACGCGAGUUGGAUUUGAUAAGAUUUCACACUUCAGAUCUUUGCUCUUCGGAAAACUCAUUCUUGACGGUCCAAGAGUAUGUCGAAUUCUUCCCAGAUGAAUGUGUUGCAGACUUCCAACGCUGUUAUAGUCUGGAACAUCACCGUUCCGUUAUUUGGGAUUUCCUCUGCACCAAAGGAUGGGACAUUCCCGAAGGAACAACUCAUGUUUCUGUGGAUUGCCAACGUGAUAAGGAACUAAUCAUACAAGCUACCACCCACCGAAGAGAAGAAAUGAUUCGAGGUGAACAGCAUGCUCGGGUGGAAACCUACCAGAGCAAGCUCUUCAACUUGGCAAGCAUUCUGGGUGUUUGUUUGGUGGGUGUCUAUGCCAUUUCCAAUCUAAUUGUCAAGCCAUUGGUGGCUUCGAGGCUGUAUACUGCGGUAAUGGCUGGUUCUGGUGAUGGAAGCUGUAACAACAACAACAAUCAAGACAUUCUUCCAAGGACUAUCCAACCACGCUACCAAAUGCUUCACGCUGCUGGCAGUGUGGGUGGAAACAGCAGCACUCUGGAUGAUAGCGCUGUUAUCUACGGAGGAGACCAUCCUUCUCAAAUCAUGAUUAUGGGGGCCGAAGAAGACGGAGAAGGUUCCUCUGAACUGAACGAGAGUCAGCUGAUGGAAGACUUCAAUUCUCAAAUGCCAGACUUUGAUGCGGUACCCAUUACCUUUGCUGCAUCGCACCAUGGUACUACCCAUCGAGCGCAUUCGGACCUCACGACGGACAGUGCCGUACUGCCAAUGACACGUGCACUGUCCACAACAACAGAAGAAGAAUUAUCAGCUGACGAGCAUCUCGAAGUCUCGAUCCAAACAGCAGCUGCUUCGAUCAUUUCUUCCGCAAGGUCCACAAGAAGGUACAGCAGCAAUGUUCCCAGAAUGGAACUGGAGCUUGUUCCCAUGGCGUCAGACCCAGAUGACAUACCGAUUGUUCCAGCGACAAUCCUUUACAGUUGA